GGCAAGGAGAUGUCUGAGCAGGUAAAUGUACUUGCCGCCAAGGCUGACCACCUCAGCUCCAUCCAUGGAACCCAUGCGUUGGAAGAGGUCAGAAAGUAAAGAAGAAAGUCAGCUCUACAAGUUGUCCUCUGACGGACACACGUGUGUCAGGGUAUGUGUGGCCACACAUGUGAAGGUAGUACAAACGCUAAAAGUGAGCCUUUAACCUUUAAACCCUGUCCUAAGUUACACUUUAAAACAUGUAAAUUUAAAGGCCGGUCCAGAUGGCAGAACUAGCACAUUUUUUUUCCCUGUACCCAAAAGACUGCUGACUUAAGAUGGAUUGCUGGAACUCGGAAAAAAUCGGGAAAGAAAAAAGCCACUCCAUCAAGGUGGCCUCUGACCUCCACAUGUGUGCCCUGCUUUUCACAAACCAAGGCACACAAGGAACACACAAAAUAAUAAAUAGGAAUGUAAAAUAUGUGAACUUAGAAAGGAGCAGAACAUAUAUCCACUGAAAGGCAAUAAGGCACAGCUGUGCCUUGAGAAGCCCGUAUCCAUACUUGGGUGUGUCUUACUCGUUCCCUGAACAUCCAUCUCUAAUAACCUCUAUUCUUACAACCUAUGGUAAAAAUGUGUUUUAACCUUAGCCUCCCAAGGAGCUGGAUUCCAGGUUAGGCCUGUGCUCGCCAGACCCAGCUCAAAUUUCUAAUCCAUUCAUUCACUAAUAUAUGUUUUUUUUUUUUCUUGUGUAUCAAGUUUUGUUUCUCAUUCUUACAGAGUUCUUAAAACAAUACUUGGGUAACUACAAAAUUUAACAAGUAUAUGUAUGUAUUUUUAGGGGUGCAUGUUUUAGUUUUUCAGAACAGGGUUCUCUGUGUAGCCUUGGCUAUCCUGGACUUACUUUGUAGACCAGGCUGGCCUUGAACUCACAACGAUCCACCUGCCUCUGCCUCCCAGAGUGCUGGGAUUAAAGGCAUGCAUCAUCAUGCCCAGCUGCAGCAAGCAAUCUUAACUUUGGAACCAUCUCUCCAACCCCCAGCCUUACAUUUUCUAAGGUACUGCGAAUCUUUUUGAUUUUUUUUUUUUUUUUAAAUUUCCAGCUCAUCACAGAAAUGUUACAUUCUGACUUUAGGGUGUCCUCCAAGACAUUUCAAGGUAGUUGGCAUAAAACAUGGACAUCACCAAUGUGAUGUUGAAGCUCUGCCUAUUGAAGACUCCCCUCAUUGCUAGAUUAGGUGGGAAGGUUGUCCACACCAGCAGAUCACAAGUCUACCAGGGAUGGCACCACUGACUAGACAGGUGUGACAAACUCCGCAAGCCAGAGCACAGUCAGGUCUUUCUAGGACGGUGAGCUUAAAAUUCAUUUCCUAAAAACAUCUUUCAACUUCUGUAGUCAACUUUUUUCUGCAUCCUACAAACGUACAUUAUUUUAUUUCAAGGGUCUCUUCCAUGUGGUCAGCCAGCUCCAAAAAGGUUGCGUUCAGGAAGCUGGGGAGCAUGCCUGGGUCUUCCUCUGUCUCACAGACACCUCAUGUCCUAAUGCGAUUUUUUCACUUAUUGCACUUUAGGUUGCACUUUGAGUUUUUCUGGCUGAAAUACCCAGAUGUCAUCCACUUAUUCCUUAACGUCCAAAAAUGCUUUUAGUGAUUUCAGUGCUGCCAAAACCUGACUAUGACAGCUUAUUAGAAGCUCCAUGGUGUCCAGGAAAACAGACAAUGUAGCUGUGUCUUAGUUAGGGUUACUCGCUGUGAUGAAACACCACGAUCAAAAGCAACUAGGAGGAAAGGGUAUGUUUGGCUUACAUAUCCUAAAUCACAAUCUACUGAGGGAAGCCAAGGCAGCAACUCAAACUGGGUGGGAACCUGGUGGCAGGGGCUGAAGCAGAGGCCAUGGAGGUGUGCUGCCUACUGACUUCCUCACCAUAGGCUGCUCAACCUGUUUUUCUUUUAGCAUCCGGGACCACCAACUCAGGAUUGGCACGACCCACAGUGGGCUGGGCCCUCCCCCAGUAACUAAGAAAAUGCCCUACAGCCCUAUCUUAUAAAGUCGAUUUCUCAGCCGAGGUUCAUUCUCUCAGGUGACUGUAGCUUGUCUUAAGUUAACAGGAAACCAGCAAGCACGCGCUGUAAACGCUGUCUGCUCCCUGCUGGGUCUGAGGGCAUGUAAACUCAGAGUACAGUGUUCUCCACUGGAAGCAUCUUCUGGUUCUAAAACUUAACGACACUGACGUGGGUAUCCAUCCAUCCAAGUUUAUCCCAACCACAGCCCCUGUCUCUCAAAUAAGCCAGGGAGGGGUGCCUGAGGCUCCAAAAACCAUCUUAAACUCCAUAAAGGCCAUUAGACUAGAGCCUGCUGCAUUUUCUGUUAGGCUGUGUGAUGGGUUCAACUUGAUAUUGCUCUCAGCUGCCAACCACAUAGCAGUUCUCCAUUCUUCAAUUGUAAAUCUCUGGCCAACAGAUUGUAAAGUGGAAGCCUCCUUCCUGAGCCAAUGAAUCUUUCAUAGGCUGUUUUCUCACACUCAAUGUCCUGGGAGCCUCCAGGAGCUUUCAUCAGGGUGAGGACUUGAAGAUGGGGCAAUUUGGCUUAUGCCUUCACCCAUAUACACUGGUAUUGAUUUAUGAGUUCAUACUUCAAUUAAUGAGUGAAAAUCCGUGUCCAUCAAUACUGCUUUUGAUAUCUAACUCAUCCUUCGUUGAUCCAGAGAAAACCUUUCAAGUUGACGUCAGGUUCCUUUGGUUGGUUGAGCACUUCCUUGAUCGGGAUCUCCAACUGCUCCAUGAACAACUUGCUCUUUCUUCAGGAGUCUUGAUCCCAUUUAACUAAGCAUUUGGUAUUUAGAAGCCACAAUUCAGAUGCUGGGUAUGCUCAUUGUUUUAGGCAGGUAAGUAACUGCUCCAAGGUCCUGAAAUGGACACAGUCAAGGUGUGUAUGUGUGUGUAAAAUCAUCCGUAUUCUUUUAUUUCUAUAUAUGCCCGUGUUUCUGAAAAUCUAUAGGUUCCAACAAGCAAUUCUCAUUGAAACACAGAAGCUCAGAGUUUAUGAUGUUUUUAUUCUUUUGCAUUUCUCCAAUUCCCCUCUUCCAGUGAGAGAACAACUUCCCUGAGCAAGCCUCGUAUGUAGCCAAUUGCCCAGUGUCACUGCCGCGGCCUGUCCUCCGUGAGUGUCUUCACACCACACAGCACCCCACACACAGCCGCUCAGCCUCAUGUCCCUUGGGCCCCACUAAAUGGCUUUAGGAUUGUGUUGUAAUGAAUGCAAACAGGAAAGGAAGUAGGGGAUAAACUCCUAAAAAUUGUGACUAGAGGCUAGGAGUAUGGCUUGAUGAUAGAACACUUGCCUGGCAUGAAUGAGAACCCUAAAACUUAAAAAUAAAAAUAAACAAUAAUUUAUGUAUGAGGAAGGUGAGGGAUUAGAAAGGUGAUUAUGGUUGCAAAAAUAUACUUAGAUGAGAGGAAUAAGUUAGGAUACUCCAUGGCACAGUGGGAUGUCCACAUCUAACAAUAUUUCAUGAUCUAUUUCAAACAGUCAGAUGUGCUGGUUAGUUUGUUUUUUUUUUUUGUUUGUUUUUUUGUCAGCUUGACUGACUCAAGCCAAGGUCAUCUCGGAAGGGGAACUUCAAUGGAGAAAAUGUCUCCACAAGAUUGGCCAGUAGGCAAAGCUGUGGAGCAUUUUCUUGAUUAAUGACUUGACUAAUGUAUUGAUGGGAGGGCCCAGCUCCCUGCGGGCAGGGCCACCCAUGGGGAAGUGCUCUGAGUGCUACAAGAAAGCAGGCCAAACAAGCCAUGGGGAGCAAGUCAGCAAACAGCGCUCCUCCUCCUCGGAGGCUCCUGCUUCAGUUCCCACCUCCAGGCUCCUUCCCUGAGUUCCUGCCCUGAUGUCCCCUGUUGAGGGACUGUGACCUGGCAGCUGUAAGGGAAAACAAAGCCUUUCCUCCUGCCAAUUACUUUUGGCCAUGUUCUUUAUCACAGUAAUAGAAAGCAAGACGGGGGGUGGGCAGGGCUGAGCGCUGACUGCUCUUCCAGAGGAUCCAGGUUCAAUUCCUAGCACCCACAUGGCAGGGCAACCCACAUCUCUGUCUGUAACUCCAACAUCUGAUACCCUCACACAGACAUACAUGCAGGCAAAACACCAAUGCACAUAAAAUAAAAAUAAAAAGACAAAACGGAAAGAUAGGUCAUCAAAAGGUAGAAAUUUGUGCUCUUGUAAUUUUAAAGGUAAAUUUUUAGGUGAUGGAUUUUCCCAAUUGCCCUGAAUUGAUCAUUUCGCACUGUGCACAUGUGUGCCUCAACUCUGUAUAAUUAAUUAGCACAUAUCAAUUAAAAUAGUUUUAGGGCUGGUAAGAUAGUUCAGUAGGUGUAGGCGGUUGCCGUCAAGUUUGAUUGAGCAAUAUUUUGGGGGCAUCCGGGGGUUCGAGACAAGGUUUUUCUGUGUAACAGUCCUGGCCAUCCUGAAAUGCACUCUGUAGACCAGGCUGGCCUCAAACCCAGAGACCCAUCUGUCUCUGCCUCCUGAAUGCUGGGAUUAAAGGCAUGCGCUACCAUGCCUGGUUGAUUGACUAAUUCUGAUCCCUGGGACCCCCCCAAAUGUCCUUUGGCCUGCACACAUAAACCCUCUGUUCUUCUCUUUCUUGGUUUAUUUGUUCAAUGUGGCUCAUCCAAAUCCUAGCAGAUUCCUGGGCACAGGUGGGAACAUGUGGGUUGUCCGUGCCUUUAUUUGGUCUUUGACGUGUUUACUUGCUAGGCUGUCUUGUUUGUUUUGAGGUGGGGCUCACUGUGCUGCCCAGGCUGGUUUAGGAUCCCUGGUGGCAAAUUAUCCUCCUGGUUCAAUCUGCCAGGUUGCCUGAGCAACAGGUGCCUCGUUCAGUUUGUAAAAGCCUCUUUACCCUCAAGUUGCUCUUUCGGCUCUAAGACAUUAGACGUUGGAAACCUGCUUCAUUCAGAAUGUGAAAGCACUCAAGCCACUCUUGUUCGUUGGUGUUGCUGUUGAGUCAUCAAGGUCAUUGUGAUUCUGUUUGCUUUGUUUAUCUGUGUAGACUCACCCCCACUCUUCUCUGGAAGUGUGUUGCCCGCCUCGCUUCGUCUUUAACGUUCUCAAACCUUGCAAUGUGUUCUUUUGCUCUAGGAUUUGCCAUCACACUGUUGGGCACUCAGGGCUCAAUCUGAAAUAUAUUUUCCCCCUUUUUUUCCCCUGCCUAUUUAGUUGGUGAUUUGUCUCUUCCAUUUUUUCUUGUGUGUUUAAAUUUUCCUUUUCCCCUUGUUGGGCCAGUGGGAUGGCUCAGCAGAUAAAGGCACUUGCUACUAAACCUAAUGACUUGAGUUUGGUUCUCAAACUCAAGAAGUUUGCAGAAGGAGAAAACCAACACCUGUAAGUUGUCCAAAGUUGUCUUCUGACCUAUACACACAGGUAUGCCAAUGGCCACACAAACAUGUAUAGUUAUGAAAUAGGUAAAUGUAAUAUUUUUUUCUGCUUUUGAAUGUUGUAUUUUCUGAAUUUCCUUAUUUAUUUUUUUCCUCCUCUGGAUUUCUACUAUUUUUAACUUCUUAUUCUAACUUUCUGGAAGUUUCCUUCUAUUUUCCAUCUCCUUUUUAAAAGAUUUAUUUUUAUUUAUCUGUGUGUGUGCAUGCAUGUAUGCUUGUGAGUGAGUGUGUGUGUGUGUGUGUGUGUAUGUGUGUGUGUGUUUGUGAAUAUAUGCCACGGAUAUGCUGCUGCUGAGAGGGGCCAGAAGAUGGUGUCAGAUUCCCCAGAGCUGAAGUUACUGGAAACUAUUAGCUUCAUGAUGUGUCUGGGAACUGAAAUCUGGUCCUCUCGAAGCAAAUAGUUCUAACUACUGAGCCAUCUCUCUAGCCCCUAUUGUCUGUCUUUUCAGUCGAAAGAAUUGACUUUCAAUCUUAGGCUGAAUUCUUAUUUUAAAUUUUAAAAAUCUAACUUUUAAAAAAUUAUGAAAUAUAAAUAAUAUUCAUAAAGAUACUGACACUGAGCCAGAAAUUGGAAAGAGACUAGAUGUCCAUCAUCUGUUGAAUGGAUAAUAAAAUAUGGUGCAUUUACACAAUGGAAUAUUUUUUAGCUGUUAGAAAAAAAAUGUAAUUAUAAAAUUUGCAGAUAAAUGGAUGAGCUAGAAACAAUUAUCCUGAGUAAGGUAACCCAGACCCCCAAAGAUGAAUAUUGCAUGUUUUUUUCUUCUAUAUAGAUGUUCGCCUUUAAUCUUUAUACAUGUGUGUUUAGUUCAAAUAACCACAGAGGUUACAUAGCUAGUAAGGGACUGGGCAGGGAGGGGGAUCUUCCAAGGAGGCAGAGCUAGAAUAUAGUGAUGUAAAGAGACAGAGGAGACAUUUGAGUAGUAGGAGUAGAGGAAGAGGAGGUGGAAAGGCAGGGCAAUGGAGGGAACCUGGGGAAGAGAAAAUUAAUUAAUAUUAGUAUUACCCAGCUACAGACCUUUCCAACCUAUAACCUGCCUACGGGUGCAAUGGUGGUACAAGCGUUAUAGGAGCAAUUAAUCACUUCAAAAAAUCAGAUUGAAGACCCACUCCAAGAGAUGCAGCCCAUACGUGACACUGCUAAAGUGGUCAAGAACCUGAGGCUAGAUAGGUCAUGGACCCUCAGAAAAAACCUACUGCUGUUUUUCUACUAAAAGAACAAAGCAAUAAAAUGACUUUCAGUAACAUGCUCCCUUACCCUCAGAACAGAGCAUCACUCAGCCCUCACCACAGAAGCUUCUUCUUGCAGUGGACAGCGUGUGGAGAGUAAGAAAUUUUGGAGCACUCCACCCUAACCCUAAAUGGGAUGUGUUUAUCACACCCCUCCCCUCAAGGCUCAGGGAUCUACGCACAAGAGAAGGUGGAAAACUUGUAAGAGACAGAGAUAGUGGAUAACUCCAAGGAAAUUCUCCAAGACCCAACAGGACUGAUACACACAUGAAUUCAUGGAGGCUCUGUCAGUAGGCACAAGACCUGCUGAGGCUUAAAACAGACAAAAUCCCAGCACUGAGAAGAACAAGUAGACACAAACUCCCACCCCUAGCCAAGAAGCUAUGUGCAAGUGAUACCUGCUGGGAAAGGAAUUAUUAGUUUUCUCCAGGGGAGUGUCACUGGGUAUAUUAACUACAUUUCAGGUCAAGGCCCCACGUGAGGGAGUAACUGACCAACACAAAACAGAAUCUACUUGCGUUUGUGUGUGUGUGUGUGUGUGUGUUUUGUUUUGAUUUUGGUAUUUUUUUUUCUUAUUAGUUUUUGUUUUGAUUUUUAAUUUUUUUGAUUUGGGGAUCAUUUGGGGAGGGAGAGAGAAAAACAUGAAGUUGGGUGAGUAGGGAUAUAGGGAAGAAUUUGGUGAGGGGGAAGAAUAUAAUCAAAGUACACUAUACAAAAAUUUAAAUUAAAAAUCAUAAAUAAAAGGAGGUAAGAUGCUGAUGUUAUAUGAAGGUUAUCAGACACUCUAGGUUCUUUAAAUCUAAAGAAAGACGAUUUACUAGUCAAUGUCUUUGUUUUAUAAACAGACUCAUACAGCACAGGCUGGCCUUGAACUUGAGUUAGGUCGGGGAAUCCUUGAAAGAAGACCUCAGACUCAGGUAGUAUGCAAAAGCAAGGAGUGUUUAUUCUGCAGAAAUUGCCAGCAUGCUGUGCGCACCCAGGCUCAAGGUAAAGACCGGAUUUCCUUGGUGUGGUUAGGUAAUCUUUUCAUUGAUUGGUUGGUGCUGAUCUAGGGGAUGAGGGGGCUUGGCGUAGUGCCUAGGUAACAAGGUGUGCCCAGGUAACAAUAUCAUUUUGACUUAGCUAAACGAAGCAUAUCUAGCUAACCUUUGUUUGGUUAAGUGCUUGGGGACUUUUCAAAGCGGUCACUAAAUUAUUGUCUCUAAUUUUCGGGGGGGAGGGUUAUUGAGUUAUUGUAUCUUGUUUCAAUAGACUGCAGUUCUGUUUUCUGAGAAAAGGAAACUCAGGCUUGUUCAGUUUGAAGCCAAUUUUGAAACCUGUCGGCGAGUCAGACCGGCUUAUUAAAAAUCAGUCCCCUCUCUUGCGAGGUAGCCCAGACUGGCUUUGAACGCCUGACCGACCCUCCUGCCUCUACCGCCCAAGUUAUGAGAUUAUAGUCACUAGGUAACGUUAUCAGCCAACAGUCAUUAUCCUAACCAUUUAAAAAGGAGGCUCCUCUCUAGAAAAACUACCGGGAGUAAAGAGGGAACCGCAGGAAUAAGAAAUAGGCAAUAAGAUCAGAGCAAGGGGCCAGGAGACUUGCUGGCCACCGGUGCCCUCCCACUGGGGCGACCGCGCUGGAGGAGAAAGGAAGCACACAUGUUCAGUCCAGAGUGAGAGAAAUAAAGAUGUUUGCUCUUUGUGUGUGUGCUUUUCUCCAUUUUAAACAUCUCUGUAAAACAAAAUCGAAAUACAUAUCCAGCCAAAGCCCUUCCAUUGUCGUUACAAAGUCAAGGAAGGGGCCUGGGAGCCCCGGUCUCCAUUACGCCCAUGGUGGCUCACAACUGUCUGUAUCUAACUUUGCCAAAAUGUUCCUUCAGGCCCGGCCCAGGCUGCGGGCGGGAGGUCAGAGAAGCCGCGCCUGCUGCCACGUCUGCUCGCUAGCUUUCGUUUUCUGUGCGUCCUUCCUGUGCAGAACCGGAGUCCUCAGAAGGAGGCCAUCAGAGGCCCAGGAUCUGAGCCUCUAGAGCGGUCCGCAGCCCUUUCCGUGCGCCUGCGUCGUGCCCGUGUAGACCCAGAGUGAAGCCCUGGAGACCCGAGACCUGAGCCUCUGAGGGCUGGACCGAGUGCCUCUAUUGCAAGAACUCUGAAAGCAAUGAAGAAAGCCCGCAGAAAUGGUGUCGGCUUCUCACGGUUCGAGGAGCCCUGCUGAGUGGAUGGAAGCCGGGUGAGAGCUUGGCUGCUGAGGUGCUGAGCAUGGCGCUGGGUCCCGUGUCCGCUGAGGUCAUUCACCAGGUGGAAGAGUGUCUUGACGAGGAAGAGAAGGAGAUGAUGCUCUUCUUAUGUAGAGAUGCUGCCGAAAACCUGGCUCCACCUAAUGUCAGGGACCUCCUAGGGAGCUUGAGUGAGAGAGGCCUGCUGUCUUUCGCUGCCUUGGCUGAACUGCUCUACAGAGUGAGGCGCUUUGACCUGCUCAAGAGGAUUCUGAAGACUGACAAAGCGACCGUGGAGGCUCACUUGAGCAGAAGCCCUCACCUUGUUUCUGAUUAUAGGGUGCUGAUGAUGGAAAUUGGUGAGAGUCUGGAUAAAUCUGAUGUCUCCUCAUUAGUCUUCCUUACAAGAGAUUACACAGGGCGAGGCAAGGUGGCCAAGGACAAGAGUUUCUUGGAUCUGGUGGUUGAACUGGAGAAACUGAAUCUGAUUGCUUCGGAUCAGCUGACUCUAUUAGAAAAGUGCCUGAAGAACAUCCACAGAAUGGACCUGAAGACAAAAAUCCAAAAGUACACUCAGUCCGGUCAAGGAAUAGAGUCGAAUAUGAAUUCUCUCCAGGCUUCUCUCCCAAACUUGAGUAUCAAGGAGUCUUUAUAUAAUUCAAGGCUCCAGAAUGGGAGAAGUAAAGAACAAAGAUUUGUGGAACGCCUUGGCAUUCAAAGAAAACCAGUGAAGACAUCCAUUCAGGAAUCAGGAGUGUUUCCGCCUCCGCACAUACAUGAAGAGAGUUACAGGAUGCAGAGCAAGCCCUUAGGAAUCUGCGUGAUCAUCGAUUGCAUUGGCAAUGACACAGCAUAUCUGAAAGAGACCUUCGCUUCCCUGGGCUAUUAUGUCCAGCCUUUCUUGUUUCCCCAUGCAAAAGAUAUAACCCAUAUUCUCCGCCGAUUUGCCCGCCUGCACCAGCACCAGUACUAUGACAGCUUUGUCUGUGUUCUGGUGAGCCGAGGAGGCUCCCAAGGCAUGAUGGGUGUGGACCCGGCUCACUCAGGUUUCUCCUUGGAUUAUGUCAAGAGCAUGUUCAUGGGAGACAUGUGCCCUUCUCUCCGAGGGAAACCAAAGCUCUUUUUCAUUCAGAGCUAUGAGGUGUUAGGUGGCCAGCUGGAAGAUGGUAGCUUGGAGGUAGAUGGGCCAGCAAUAAAGAAUAUGGACUCUAAGAUCCUGUGUCCCGGCCCCUGCACGAUUCACCGAGAAGCCGAUGUCUUCUGGAGCUUGUGCAGAGCGGACGUGUCCCAGCUGGAACGGCCCUCCAGCUCGUCCUCUGUGUACCUGCAGAACCUCUCCCAGCAGCUGGAGCGAGAAAGGAGACGCCCACUUGUGGAUCUCCAUGUUGAACUCAUGGACAAAGUAUAUGCCUGGAACAGCAGGGUGUCUCCUAAGGAGAAGUACUAUCUCAGCCUGCAGCACACUCUGAGAAAGAAGCUCAUCCUGUCUCGUACAUGAAAACACGCAGCCUUCUGGGUUCUUGGUAUGCCGUCCAGGGUGGCUUGGAGCUGGCAAAGCUCUUGAUUGCUUGGGAGAAGGAAGGUUAUACCUGCUUCUGGUUCUGGUGGAAGCCCUUCUUCCCGACUCUCCUGUGCACAGACAUCAGCCCCGAACUCCUGCUGUGGCGCGUUUCACUCCAGCCACCAAGCCUUCCCCACUCCAGUGGGCCGACUCCUCCAAAACUGAGGCAAAGCAGACUUCUCCUUAAGUUCCUCUGUCAGAUGUUGUGGCGCAGUGCAGGGAAUGGUAAGACAUAAACCUGUUGUUUUUUUAGGUUUUACUCUACCAAGUAAUACCAAGCUAGUAUAAGAGUGGAUAGUCAAUGGUCCAAGUGACACUUGAGUGUAACUUAAGGAGAUUUGCCUGAGUUUGUCAUCUAACUGGGCAAAUUGUUCCUAUGUCCAGAGUGUAUACAUCUAAUCAUUUAGUAAAUUAUUAGCUUGUUAAGUUAUUAGAAAAAGCUAUUGCUUCAGGAACUAUGGGUCUCUGGCAUUGAGGAUGAACUUUCACAUUUGUCUUUAAUUUUUGUAACCUAGCCCUCUAUAUUAUUUUUUAAAAAAAACAUUUUAUUAUAUAUGUUUAAUAUUUACAAUAUGAUGUUUUGGAAUACAUAAAGAUGGAAAAUUUUACUAGUGAGCAAGGAAGAGUUGGCCCUACCCCUCACUGGCUGCAGCACUCAGGAGAAUAGUCCACACCUUGCCUGGGCAGCAUGUUAGAGCUGGCCCCGAGGGCAGAAGAGUGGGAGAGCUUGCCCUGGUGGCUCUGGUGCAGGAGAGUGGGUGGGCUUACCAACUCACUACCAUUCAGGGUUUUGAGAUGGCUUACCCCAUCUAUGAACUGUUGGAGCAUGUAAAGGGGCCAGUCCUGCAGAACCAAAGCUGCAGGAUCUCCAUGACAUAAGGCAUCCUAGAGGAGUCCCCGUGAGGAGCCAGAGGCCUCCAACCACACUAAUGACUGUUUGCAAUCAACAUUUGCAAGUAAAGAUGUGUGGACCAAAGAGUUUAAUGUGAGAUACACUGUGAUACAUCACAGCUUCUAUGGAGAUGUUCUUACUUUUAUUUUUAUUUUUUGUUUUCGUUGGUAAGGGGAGGUUGCAAGGAUGGAGGGUAGUUAUAGAGGGGUGGGGAGAUGAGUGGGGUUGGGGUGCAUGAUGUGAAAGUCACAAAGAAUAAAAAAGUUUUAAACAAAGAAAAAUGGUAAUAAUAGUGAAACAGAUUAGCUUAUUUAUAAUUUCAUAUAGCUAACUUUUUGUGGCAUAAGUGAAAACCUUUACUUAUUUAUUAAACACUUUUGAAACAAAUCGACAGCAUGAAAAAAAAAAUCCAGUCAUAUUAGUACUAGGGCAGGUGAGGUCAAAGGAUCACAAGUUCUGAGCUCAGUCUAGCUAUGUAAUGAGGUUGUAUGUGUGUGUGUGUCUGUGUGAGAGGGGGAGAGAGAAGAAUUCUAACAGUAUGAUUUUAUCAACUGCUAUAAAAUAUGGUUAUGUUACUUCUGCGUACUCUUGAACAAUCUAAUAAUCUAAUCUCUAUCUGCAUUUAAGAAUAGUAGUCAAGGGGGUGGCGAGUUGGCUCAGCUGUUAAGAGCACUGGCUGCUCUUCCAGAGGUCUGAGUUCAGUUCCCUGCACCCACAUGGUGGCCCACAACCAUCUAUAAAAGAAUCUGAUGCCCUCUUCUGGCAUGCAUGCGUGCAUGCAGCAGAGAACUCAGAUGCAUUAAACAAACAAAUAAUAUAAACAGACAAACAAAAACAAAUGAGAAAAAGAAUAGAUCCUCGAGGUUCAGGGAUCUGUUUGGAAGAGGAGGCAGGAAGAUUCUAAGAGUUAGAGGUAGUGGAUGGCUCCAAGGAAGCAGCAUCUUCUAGACACAGCAGGACCCACAUACAUAUGAAUCACAGAGACCGUGACAGCACAUACAAGAUCUGCACGGGUUCAAACCAGACAAAAUCCCAGCGCUGAGAAAGGAUGUGAGUACCGGCCUGGUGACCUCUGCACUAUGCAAGCUACUGUUUAUCUUCGGUUUAUCUCAGUCAAUCUACUGCUCUGCCCUCCCUGAGGCCCUUUUCAGGAGUGCUGUUACCUUGAGCCUGCUUCCUCAGUUAACCCAGAGGGCCCAUCUUACAAGAGUUUUGACAUGACUACAUGCUUCCACCUUACAAGAGUUUUGACAUGACUACAUCAAGCUUUCUUUUUGCACACAGGGGGUUGAGUUAUCACAAUGGAACUGUCACAAGGAAACUUUUUUUUCCCCCAAAUUCUGCUGUGCUUAAAAAGUGACUGAAAUAAACAGUCUGUUGUUAGACUCUCGAAGUUUGAACCAGCAGCAGCAACUGGGUUGUGUUGAACUGGACUUCCUUCUUGCCUCUCUUGGAUUAACGCUCUGUUGUUUGCAGAGUUUGCAGAGACCCCCACAAAGGGGGACGUGGAGGCAGAGUCCCACUCAGCUAAGAAGCUAUGUGCAAUAGAUACCUGUUGAUAAAGGGAAAUCAUUUUUCUCCAGUAGAGUACCACUGUGUAUAUCAACCAUACUCCAAGGCAGUCCCCAAGCCCAGGAGUACUUGGCCAGCAACAAAAUGGAUUUUGUGUGUGUGUGUGUGUGUGUCUAAGUGUGCACACAUGUACUUUUUUGUCUUUUCACUGAUUUAUUAUUUUUCUUUUUGGUUUGUUUGUUUGUUUGUUUGCUUCCAUUUUCAACUUUUUCUCUUUCUGUUUUAAGAGAGAGUGAGAGAAGUUGCAUGGGUUAGGGAGGUGAGAGGAUCUGGGAAGAUUACGAAAGAGUACCUCACAGGACUGUUUCAAGGACAGCAUGUAAGGUUCUCUGCAGCCAUUUUUUUUUUUUUGAGCUACACCCUUUUAACAUUAGUUGUGUCAUUAGAGCACACAACAAAGGGACUGUUUUAAAAGGGCUGAGUCAAGCAUUGAUAAAGUUGAUGGGAUUUGGCAGGUUGAGAGAGAGAAGAGGAUGAGCCAAGAGAAGGAGCAGACAGGAAAGAUGCACAGGACGCUUAGAAGCUGUGGGUGUAACGUGCAUCUGGAAUGGGUAGUAGUGGGUGGUAAACCACAGGUGAAUGUGGUCCAAAUGUGGAGAACUUUGAAGGCCCCACGUUUCUCGUACAGCUAAUUGUCAUGUAAGAUAUUUCCCCUUACUUUAACAGUGGGAUCUUUGAUUCCUUCUUUAUUGCUUUUGUUCACAGCAUGAGGUUUCUUGUUUUUCACUGAGUGUGGUUCCUACUGAAAUAUUUUAGACAUACUGAAAGGUAAUUAUGUAAGAAGACAAUGGAUGCCCAGCUUAAAUAAAAUUCCCUAAAUAUGUGUAUGGAUACUCUUAAUAUAGUUCUUUAAGGCGCUGACCCUAAGUGUAGAAGUGAUAUGUGCCAAGCAUGUAGUUAAGUACAUAGUCAUGAUGGGCUACCAACUGAAUGAAAUUUUAUGUCACUAUUAAGAUCAUAUGUCCAAGCAGCCAGACGACUCUGUCAUUUCCAUAGUUUUAGGAACUGCUUGUCUGCACUUCCUGCUGACUCAGCUAAUAUUUAUUUCCUUCUCAAGUUUCUAAUGGGGUUGAAGACUAAAUAGUUACAGUCUUACAGUUAAGUUAAGCUGUUUAGGUUCUGACAAGAUGUUUUUAGAUGGGUAAUACUAGUAAGGAUAGAAAAUGAUGUCGGCGUAGCACUCUGAACUCACAAAGAGAGGAUAAAUACUAGAGUACUGUCUCCUAAGUUGCUGCAUGAAAAUGGACUGGUCAUUGUAAAUAUAAUUGCUACAUGAUGAUUUUCAUAUUUGUUUUUAUUGUAUGUUGUGUAUUGCUGUAAGAGAAAGAGAUUUUUGGAGGAUUGGUAUUGUGCUGCUAAUGUAUUUAAUUGUUAAUUACUGGUCCCCCAAUAUCUGGUUAUACCCCAGACAAACAUAUUCUCAUGUACACCAAGUGAUGCUGUGUUACUUUGCUCCCCAAUCAUCCCUGAUUGGUUAAUAAAGUUGCUGACAGCCUGUGCUGGGCAGAGGAGAGGUAGGUGGAGCUACGGUUUGGGGCUUGUAGUCUCAGAAGGAGGCAUGAGGACUAGGAAGAAGAUGGAGAAAGAGGACAUGACCUGAUGGAGCAGAUCCAGCCCAAACAGGACAACGUAUUAACAAGUAAUUUGGGGUGUAUAGUUGGGAGACAGCAAAAUAGCUUAGAGGUUGGUAUCUGCCCAGCUCCAGUGCUUUUAGAUUUAUAAAAUAAA